AUGUUCAUGAAUCUCCACUCCUUCCGCAGGCGACCAGUGACGCUGACCAGUCCACUUCCCCAGCAAUCAAAUGGCUCCAAUAUGCCGCUCUCGCAGAUCGAGAAGAGCGUCACGCAUUUGCUCGUCGCCACGAAACAGCUUCUCGAAACCUUGACGCAAUGGUCCCGCGGUAUAGCAACCGACACCCAGGUGUCCGACGUCUAUGUCCGGUUGGGAUACGAGUUCAAUAUGGCCUGCAGGGCCUUCACUGCUAUCAACGUGGACACCUCCGACCUAGGAAACGUACCUGAAUCUCUGCGACACAUACUAGAGGCCACUCUGAGCCAAGAGGCGAGCACCGAGAGUCUGGAGAAAUACCUACCCCGUAUACGCGACAUCAUAAUCAAUCUACUUCAUGGUUUGAAACGGAAACAGCAGAAGCUUCGGCAAAAACAGUCUCGCGAGAAAGAUGGCGCUGCCUCGCCCGACAGUGGGGGGAUUACUGCUCGCACCAUGAGCACCAGUACCGUUGGAAGCACGAAUACUGGACUCACGAAUCUGCUGAACGAGGGCAUCGAUAGUGGCUUUGCCGCCGCUUCACAGAGAGACAGUACGACCGGUGGGCCGUCCGGAGUCAACGCGUCCCCGAGUCGCCGGCUCCAGCGAGACCAGUCCCAAGCUUCUGUCAGCUCGGAGCAGUCAUCACUCUCCAGCACCACGUUGCAAAACAUGCCGGUGCUGCCUCCCUAUCCCGGAGAUGAGACGAUCCCAACCGGGCCCUCGAACGGCAGCAUAGAUAUCGAUGCCUUCCCGCCGCCCCCGCCCCCGCCACCACCGAAAUCGCAGCAGAGUGCUCUGGCUGCCUUGCAAAGGGGAGGAGACCUGGAGAGAAGGGCAUCCCGACGGUAUUCGGCUUACCAGAUCUCCAAGCAUCUCGGAGCGCCAACCAACGGGGUGCCAAUGCUGCCUACCCAAAAUACGCCACUACCCAACCGAGGACGUGGAGAAGUGAGAGAGUCUAUGCGGGCGGUCCAAGUCCGAGAGGCAAUGCGACAUAACCGCAACGACUCCAACCAAUCGAAAAACCACGUUGAUACCGAGCCAGUCCGGAUACCCAGCAGAGUAUCUGAGGAAGAUUCGAGUACAGAUUUACCGACACCCGGGGUAGAAUCUCUGCCAGCUCGUUCGCCGGAAGAGAGGUUCAAGUCUACUGCCACGAUAUCUGGACCUUUGGACGAUGCCUUCCCGAUUCCGGACUCUCCUGAGAAGUCCGACCCAAAAACCGACACUUCUCCCCUGCCGCCAACGCGGCCUCAAACACCUCCAGAGAAACAAACGAAAGAAUUCGCACAGGAGCAAUCGCCGCCCCUGGAUAAGGAGCUUACCCUGUUUUUGCAAUACAAGUCGAAAGUCAAGAAAUUUGUGCUUCCUGAGGGCUAUACCGACCUAAGCAUAGGCCGGUUGCAACUCGCCUUUAUCGAGAAGUUUUCCUGGAACACGGCCUUGAACGGGGCAGGUCUGCCCGAGAUAUAUAUUCAGGAUCCCGUCUCCGGCAUUCGGCACGAGCUCGAAGAUCUCUCUGACAUUAAAGACCGCACGGUCCUAGCCCUCAAUGUCGAGGCUCUCGAUGAAGUCAAGAAACAUUUUGACGAGGGUCUUGGGAUGUUGAAGAGAACAAUGGACGAAAUGAAACAGAAUGUGACUGAUCAGGGCUCGGCUCUUCAGCAAGUGUCCGAUAGGCAGCUAGAGACUGCUAAGGAGAUGGCACGUAUGGCAGCAGGGCCGCCCGUCAUCAUGGACGAAGGUGCCAAGUCUAGUGGAACUGGUGCUGGAGCCAAGCUGAAUCCUAGUCAGCUCAGGGAAUUACAGAGUCUACGUCGUGAUCUUGCGGUCUUGCGCCAGACAUACUCCAACUUCCAAACCGAGAUCCAGAGCUCCAUGUCUUCACUUCGAAGCAAGGCAGCUAAUGUCAAGGUCGCAGCAGCCAAGGCCUCUGUGUCGGGUGUCGAUGGCGACGCUGGCUAUGCCUAUGUGGUGAAGGGCCGCAAACAGCUCAAUACUGACUCUGAUCGUCUGGUUACCAAGGUUGACGAUCUACAAGAUCUUGUCGAGGACCUGAGGAAGGACGUUGUGAACAGGGGUGUGCGGCCCCUGCCACGCCAGCUCGAAGGCGUGUCCAAGGAUAUCCAACUCUUGACCAAGGAGCUCAAGAAGAUGGAGGACUACAUGAAGCAGGAGAAACCAGUGUGGACCAAGAUCUGGGAGAAGGAGCUCGAGGAAGUGUGUCAGGGCCGUGAUGAACUUAAGCUCAUGGAAGACCUCAUGGUUGAUCUGCAGGAUGAUCUCGAGAAGGCGUCAGAGACCUUCGCGUUGGUCGAGCAAGCAACCAAGGAGCAGAUGAAGGAGAGCGUGCCGGCACCCCGUCAAUUCUCGAAGGGCUUGAACAAUCUGGGCAACAGCGCCGACCCCAACGCUGCAAAGGAGGGUGUACUGGGCGAAGUUCGAGCCUUGCAACCGAACCACGAAGACCGACUAGAGGCCAUAGAGCGCGCAGAGAAGUUACGACAGAAGGAGCUCGCGACCCGCGCGGACAACCCGCUGACGAAGGAGCUGCACCAUUUUGUCGAGGAAGGGAAGCUGAAGAAGAGCGGCGGUUUUGAGGAGGUGGAGAGGGCCAGGAAGGCGAAGGAUGACCGGAUCAGGAAAGAAGUUUGGGACCGUAUGAAUGGGAUUGUAUCUGAGGAGCCGGAGCCGGUUGGAGAAGAAGACGGCGACGAUGCGGCGGAAGUAGUAGAUGAAGGAGAAGGAGAACCUGCUCCGGAAGAAGAGCCCCCGGCGCCGGAUGCUGCGCUCAACAACCGGAACGACCUGUCGCUGCGGAACCUGAUCCCCCGGGCUCGGUGA